UACUCCUUAAACAAACACCAUUUGUUUGAGGCAGUUACUCUUCCUGUCCCACACUUGAUGUGUGUAAACACAGUGUUAGCGCUGAAAGAACUGGGACUCUUCUCCUGGGCUCUUGUGUCGGAUCUCAUUUGUGCAGGUGUGCCAAAUGAAGUGGCCAGUGAUUGCAAUCCAGAGCGUGUGUCAGCGUCUCCGUUCGAGUGCGUCAUCAAGACGCAGGACCCAUUCCGACCCUCUUAGCGGCUAAAAGGUAUAAGGAGGCCGCAACAUAGUGUCAACAAAAAGGUAUUUAACGAACAUCAUUACACCGCACACAAGCCGCCAAGGGCCUCACGCGAUAGAAGCAAGGAGCCGUGUCCGCUAAGCCACGCCCCACUGCCAAACAGGUUUGUUGUGGCGCAACGCUGGUGUGACUUCGUGGCAAGGCUGCUGCAGGCCGUGGCGCUGAGACCUGGUGCCUCCCUGAUUAAAAAAAAAAAAAAAAAAACCCUGACUAGACUGCACACACAAGCCAGAGAGAAGCAUGACCGCCAUCAGCUCACCCAGAGACAAAUACAAUGCCGUGUGGAUCAUUUUUUUCAUCCUGGGCUUGGGAUCCCUCCUGCCGUGGAACUUCUUCAUGACGGCCACCAUGUACUUCACCAGCAGGCUGAAGGACCCGCCCGCCAAUCAGACGAGCAAUCAGACGGUGGAUGGCCGGGACACACGUAACGUCUUGGAGGCCACAUUCAACAACGUGAUGACGCUGUGCGCCAUGGUGCCUUUGCUCAUCUUCACCUGCCUCAAUUCCUUCAUCCACCAGAGAAUCCCUCAGAAGUUGCGCAUCACGGGCAGCCUGGCGGUCAUCCUGGUGGUGUUCCUGUUGACGGCCCUGCUGGUGAAGGUGUACGUGGCCCCACUGCCCUUCUUCACACUCACCAUGAUCAAGAUUGUCUUCAUCAACUCGUUCGGGGCGGUCCUCCAGGGUAGCCUCUUCGGCCUGGCCGGGAUUCUGCCCGCCUCCUACACCACUCCCAUCAUGAGCGGGCAGGGCUUAGCCGGCACCUUUGCCGCCUUCUCCAUGAUCUGCGCACUGGCCACUGGCUCGGACCUGCGGGACAGCGCCUUUGGCUACUUCAUCACAGCCUGCUUUGUUAUCCUCAUCGCCAUUAUUUCCUACCUCACUCUGCCCAGGAUGGAGUUCUUCCAGUACUACAUGGAGAGCAGCACAUCCAGACCGUCUGGGGAGAAGAAGAACAAGACGGAUUUUCUCAAAAAAGAGAGUCCAGACGAGAAGCAGCCAGUGGUCAGUCUGAUGGAGGACGACGGCAAACCUGGCGUGACUGUGCUGAGAAUCUUCAGUAAGAUUUGGGUCAUGGCUGUGUCGGUGUGCUUCAUAUUCACCGUAACCAUCGGAAUUUUCCCGGCGGUGACCGUCGAGGUCAAGUCGACGGUGGCAAACGGAGGAUGGGACACGUACUUCAUCCCCGUGUCUUGUUUCCUGCUCUUUAACUUGAUGGACUGGGCUGGCAGGAGUCUGACGGCCUUUUGUAUGCGGCCCGGCAAGGACAGUAAGUGGCUUCCCGUCCUGGUGGCUCUGCGGGUGGUCUUUGUGCCGCUCUUCAUGCUUUGUAACGUGCAGCCCCGCCACUACCUCCCCGUGCUGUUUGCUCACGACGCCUGGUACAUGGUCUUCAUGAUCCUCUUCUCUUUCUCCAACGGAUACCUGGCUUCCCUCUGCAUGUGCUAUGGACCCACGAAAGUAUCUCAGCAUGAGGCGGAGACGGCGGGCGCCAUCAUGGCCUUCUUUAUGUCGCUGGGCUUGGCACUUGGAGCUGCCAUCUCUUUUCUGUUCAGGGCCAUCAUCUAAAACAUGUCCUCCACCACCAACACGACAUGUCCACGUUAGUAAGCAAGCAUGCUUUCAUGGGAGACAAGUGCCAUCAGUGAAGACUAGACACUAGGGCUGGGCGAUAUGGACCUCAGCAUGUAUCACAAUAUUUUUGGGAUGUAUCACGAUUUGACAAUAUCAUUAAAUUCAGCGGAGUCUUGUAUGAAAAGCUACAAACCUUGACCCAUAUAAUUUCAGAAUAAUUGAAUUAAAAGUCAGCUUGCCUGUGGCACUGUGUAGUGAGUGUCCAAAGCAAGCCCGUCUAUUCCAGUUGUUCAGGGCAGCUGCUUUCAGAACAUUAGCUCCAUCGUCAGUAGUUCCCAUCGAAGUCCCAUUCCUGGAGAAACUCCUUCAACUCACUUGCAAUGUUUUCACCUGUGUGUUCCUCCGGAGACCGGACGACUUCAAAGUCCAGUGGCUGGUCAUGUAGUGGACCGUGAGGCUAAUAUAUGGUUGAGUCGCUCGGCUACUCCACUUGUCUCUACUCAGUGGCGGAGCCAGAAAUGUUUCAUUUGGGUAGCCAAGGUGAGACCAUUACUCACAUUAGAGUAACAUGGCCAGAGGGGUGGCCGGAGAGUGACCAGGGGUGUCCACGGCCACCAGUGGCCGGGCCGUAGCUCUGCCACUGCUUUUGGACCGUCUAUUAGAACAGUUAAUAGCUGAGCAGUGUGCCGAGGACAUAUUUUUAAUGCAUAGUUUCUGGAUUCUGCUCCCCAUCAUGGCGGCCAAACCUAACACGGACGUGAAUGCCGAUCGGCACUCCUGUUUUAACUCUAGACUCCUUGGUUUACAUGCCAACUCAUGCUGCUACAGAGAGCUUCCAUUAUUAAUCAGACUUAUGUGCUGAAUCGCGCUUCAGAAUUUAAGUCAAAAUCAACUUAGUGAUUUCGCGGAUUUCACUUAUUUUGGGAACCUGUCCCCUGUGAUAAACGAGGGAACACUGUAUUACCUUAUCAUUUUCCUAUGUAUUUUAACUUGCAAAGAGUACAUUUGGAAUACGGGUGAACAAAUGUAUUGCAGUUGAUGCGAAACGAACGGUGGGUAGGAUCAAAUAAGCUUUGCUUCUUUCUACUCCUUUUUGGAAAUGUAGAACUGUGAAGUGUAGGAUGUGAUGUAUUCCAAUGUAACUUGCAUGUAUGUUCAAACUAUUACCAUAACAGUAAUAACAGUAUACAUGCAUCAUGUUAUUUUACAUUACUGUACAGCAUUGUGAGCUAAUAAUUUAAUAAAAUGUCUCCCCCUG